GCACCCGAGGACCUAGAAGUCCACACAUGACCUUGAGGCUGUAGCUUCCCACACCUGGGCCCAGGUUCAAGCGGCUUUGGGCUUAGCCACAGAGUUGCAGACCCAGCUGAGAGCCCUCCGACAGAGACAUUGCACCAGCAGACUGCGUCCUUCCCUCGGGUCAGGGAAUUAGAAACCAGUCAUGUAGUCUAGUUCCCCGUUUCACAGGAAAGGAAACUGAGGCCCAGCCAAGUUCAUGCGGCGUUGCUAAGACUCAGACCCAGGCUUUCCAACUUCACACCUGGUGUUCUGUCCACUGGAGAGAGAUCUUUUCCUCUGGCUGGUGCUUAGAAAGGCUCCCAGAGCCUCCAGGUGAGAAGGGGCCUCCUGUCUGUCUCUGGCCUCCCUGGCCACCUCCUCAGGUGCCCGUCACCCAGGCAGCACAUUCUACCUGUAGACAACUCCGAUUAUUAGCCAGCCCCAGUCUGCCUCUGCAGCUUCCACCCACUGAGUCUGAUUCUGCCCUUGGGCCAAGCAGAUGGAGCCAGGGUCAGGCCUCUCUUCUGAACAGCAGCCCUGAGAUACUUGAAGGCAGCCGUCUCAUCCCUCCCAUCUUCUUGGGAUGAUUGUCCUAUUACCCGCUCCCUGCUCCGUGCCAUCUUGGCUGUCCUCUGGAUAUACCCGAGCUUUUCAAGAUCUGGUUGUCCAGCGUGGAACACAGAGUUCCAGAUAGGAUCCGACCAGGGCAGGGAGCAGUGGAGCUGUCAUCUCCCUUGUCUCGGAAACUCCCACUAAUGCAGCCCAACAUCAUAGGAGCUAGGGCUGGAAGGGACCUGAGCAGACCCUUCCCUUCAUUUGAUAGAAAGGACAGAGGCCCAGAAAAGUGAAAUCACUUAAGUCCAGGUUGCCAGCUAGUGAGUGACAGACUCUUUUUCCGUCCUUUUUUUUUGCGGGGGCGGGACAGCUGUGUCACCCUGACUUAUCUUGACCUCAUUGAGCCUGUGGUGUUCUAAAGCUCCCUGGUCUUUCUGUGGGAGCUCCAGCCUUGCCUAACUGUCUCAUUCUCGUGCAUCCGAUUCACCUGAACGUAGGCCUUUGCCUUGUUCUCUGCUGAAUCUCACCCUCUCAGUACUGAUGUGAUCCAGCCUGUCAAGGGCUCUGUGGUUCUGUCUGUCAUCCAUCGUGUUGGGUGGUGGGCGGCCAGGCUACGAGGGGUUGCGGAGGCUGGAAACGACCUUGAAGGGCCCCUGGUACAGUGACUCCCAAGCACGUGGCAAUGAUGGAGAGCUCUCCAUCUCCUGAGGGAACUUUCCCCAACACUUCAUUAUUGAGAAGUUUGGUCUUAAGGGGAGUCCAAAGUAACCUCUCUGCCCUCUAUUUCUCCCCAUCGAUCUUCAUUUUCUUCUGGAAUGAGAGUGAUCAGUCCUUUGUCCUUUCCCGAUGCCACCUCCUCCCGUGCACAUUUACUAGGCACUCCUCUCUGAACAUGGUAUCUGCUGCUCUCCUCCUCACCUCCAAGGGCAAGGAGUGGGGCUGUCUCUGUCCCCCAGCCCCUGGCGCGCUACUCAUGGCUGCUCCUCAGCUUUGGGUAGAUGCAUGCUGAAUAAUUGAAUGACUACUCCCCAUCCCUUGGGAUCAUCUCAGCCAUGUACACGUCCUGCCCCCAACCCUCCUCUCCUCCAGAGCAAACACCCCCAGUUCCAUUAACCUGGCCUCAUUCCAUGUGCUUUCUAGUCCCCGAGUUGCCUUGUACAGGAAGCCUGGGAGCACUGGAAAGAGCAUGGGGUGGGCCUUGGUUUCCCCAUCUGAAAAAUGACCACAUUGAAGUAGGUGGUGCUCAAGGUCCCUCCCCUGCCCUAGCACCCCAUGUCCAUAUUCCUAAGCUGUGGCCAUUAGUGGGCAGUGUCAAGGAACCAGAGUCCAAGGUAAUGGGGUCUGGCUACCCCCCUCCCUGAUGCAUCUUCAUCUGGAGCUAGCCUAGAAUGGUUCCAUUCCCCCUACUUUGAGGGACCUGUCAUUCGUGGGGGACAUCUCUUCCUCUGUGCUGAGUAGCAUAUGGAUGGCCCAGGGAGUUGCUGAGAAGCACCUCUUGCCUCUGUCUCCCCUCUUGGUCUCCUGCCAGUUCUAGAACCAUCCAAGGUCAGUUUCUCAAGAACUCUCCUUGGGCCCCCAGUGGCCCACUGACUCAGCUAUAUGCUGCGGCUCAGAGGUAGGGUGGUUCCUAGGUAUAAUGGCAUCAUAGAUCCAGGGUUGGGAGAGACCCUUGAGGCCGCCAAGGCCAACCCUCUCCUUUACAGGGGACACUGGCCCAGAGUAGCGAAGGUAUUUGUUCCUGGUCAUUCACCUUGUUCACACCCCCUGGUCCUCUCACCAAUAGCGGGCCUUCCUUCCAUGUGGACAGGCCUUCUGGGCAGACCACCAGCCUCAGAACCAGGAACACCUGGGUUCGAGUCCUGAUAUAGACCAGCUGUGUGACCUCUCAUUCAUUGAUUUUGACCAGUGAAGGGAGUUAACUUCACAGGCAGCUCCCUACACAAUGAAAUUGAAAGUCACCCCCCCAAAAAACUUGAGAAAUAAGACCUAGAAAUAAGGAAAGCUUGAGAACUGAUUUUUUUUUCUUUAACUUCAGUGGGGAAUCACUCCCAAAUAACCAUCUCAGCAUCGGCCUUUUUCUCUGGGAAAUGAUGCCAGGCCAGAGUGGCCAACGGGCCUCAGAGAGGGUGAACCAGAGGCCCAGAGCUGGUGGGAGCACUCUGCGGUCAUCACCACGGUCGGCCUCUGAGGAUUCCCAGGAAGGGCUGGGGGGCCUCUGAUGCUACCUGAGUCUCGUCCAGCUUCGGUGCUGACAUGAACAUACUUAUCCGCCCACACAGCAAGCUCUGUUCCCAGCCCGAUAUCUCUGGCUUAUAAAGAUCACCCGGUGACUCGGGCAGUGCUUCUCUCCAUGUCCCCUUCCACUGACUUGAGUCAUCAGGAACCAGAACCUGCCCACGUUCGUGUCUUCCAUCCUCGCUCCUGACACACCCUGCUCCCAGCUGCUACCCACGGCCGGGAGGAAUAUGCAUCUGGAGAUCAAGGUCGCCCUCAACUUCAUCAUCUCUUACCUAUACAACAAGCUGCCCCGGCGCCGCGCGGACCUCUUUGGCGAAGAGCUAGAGCGCCUCCUGAAGAAGAGGUAUGAAGGUCACUGGUACCCGGACAAGCCCCUCAAGGGCUCAGGCUUCCGCUGCGUGCACAUCGGGGAGAUGGUGGACCCCGUGGUGGAGCUGGCGGCCAAGCGGAGUGGCCUGGCGGUGGAGGACGUGCGCGCCAAUGUGCCUGAGGAGCUGAGCGUCUGGAUCGACCCCUUUGAGGUCUCCUACCAGAUUGGGGAGAAGGGGACCGUCAAGGUCCUGUACCUGGAUGACAGCGAGGGCUGCGGCGCCGCGGCCGAGCUGGACAAGGAGAUCAAGAGCAGCUUCAACCCAGAGGCCCAGGUGUUCGUCCCCAUUGGCAGCCAAGACAACUCCUUGUCCAACUCGCCCUCCCCGUCUUUGGGCCGGUCACCCAGCCCCACCUUCAUCCCCCGCUCCGCCCAGCCCAUCACCUUCACCACCGCCACCUUUGCUGCCACCAAGUUUGGCUCCACCAAGAUGAAGAAAGGUGGCAGUGGUGCGAGUGGGGCCGGGGGUGGCGGGGGAGGCCAGCAGCCCCCCCCACAGCAACCCCGCCUGGCCAGGUCUCCCACCAACACCCUGCUGCGGCAGAAGGGCCUUUCUCUGUCUAUGCAUUCUCUGAACUUCAUCGGGGCGGGGUCAGCCCCCCAGUCCCAGCUCUCCCCCAACGCCAAGGAAUUUGUAUACAACGGUGGCUCCCCCAGCCUCUUCUUCGAUGGGGCCGAUGGGCCGCCCAGCAACGGCCUGGCCUCUGUCCCCUUCAGCAGCCCCAGCAGCGGCAGUUCCGGCAGCGGUGGCGGCUUCGAUGUCACCCAAGUGUUUGGAGGCGGUUCCAACGGCCUCUUCCUGGAGAAGUCGCCCUUUGUGGAGGGCCUCAGCUACAACCUGAACACCAUGCAGUACCCCAGCCAGUCCUUCCAGCCUGUGGUCCUGGCCAACUGACCACCCACAGGGGGCUGCUACUGAAAAGAGAAAGGAAAGGAAAGAAAAAAAAAAAGGAAAAAAUAGAAAUAUACAAAAAGAUUUCCGAUCUUCUUCCUUCUGGCUUCUUGGGAAAAAAGAGGCACAGGCCAGGCCCAGGGCUGGGAGCUCCCUGAAGCUCCAACGCCUAUUUUAACUUCAUCCCCUGCUAUUUUCCUGCCUGUCUCUAAUUUUUUUGGUUGGUUUGGGGUUUGGAAUUUCUUUCUUUUUUAAUUUAGUUUUUUUGUUUUCCCCUAACAUCGUUACUGGCUUCUCAUGCUGAAAGUGGUCCAGAUGGGUGUCUCCUCUUCCUCCCUCACUUCUUGUACCCACCUGGUCUGGGGGCUCUGCUGUCCAGAGAAUGGCCCAAAGGGAGGGGAGACCUCUUAGGCCCCUGGGGGAGAGGAGAGAGGUGGGAGGAUCUCCCUGUCAGAUCACAGCCUCUCCCUACUUCCCUUCCAAAGCUAUGCACCCUUUGUGGUCUGGCCAGUGAGGCAUGCUGGGCAGCAGUGGGCCCUAUCCCCCCCCGCCUCCACCACCACCUCCAGUAGGCUUAGGCCAUGGGGGGAGGAGACCUCAGUCAUGUGGCCUCCCUCACCUGACCCCUUCCCAGCUUGCCUGAGCAUUUGAUCUCAGGGGCCCUAGGAGAGCUAUGCCACCCUCAGCCUUCCACAGCUCGGGCAUCUCUCUGGUGUCUCACUUGCCCCAUUUCUUGGGCUGGGGGGUGCGUCCUGUUUCAGGGGAUUGAAAGGCCAUGAAGCCAUAUCCUGGGGUGGGCAGCGUCUUUCUGGAUGUUGAGGUAUUCCUGAUGGGGUGAGGUCGGCAGGGCGGGGAUGGGGGGGAGGGUUGGUUCUGCGUCCUAUGCGGGGGUUGGUCCUAGAAUACUCCCAAGAUCAAUUGGGGUGUGCAACACUGAGUGGAAUUAGGGUUCUCAGCUGCCUGGUUUCCAGACUACCUGCACUUUUAUUUCAGACUCUGACCAAAAAUACAAAGAAACAAAGGUUUUCUGCUCCUAGUGAGUAAGUCAGGACUGCACAGCACACGGCCUGCCUGGGCCUUCAUGGCCUCCUGUGGGGUCCAGCCUUAAGCCAAGGGUGCAGACUGCUGGCCCUGACUGACCCUCGAGAAUGCUUAGGGGUCCCAAAGCAGUGCCUGCACAAGGGGGCUUGGACAAAUGAGUGUCCUGAGACUUGAAUUCAGAGUUCAUUUUCCUUCCCCUUCUUCCCCCUGUUUAUUUCUGCCCUUCCUUGGCCUUAAGCUGCAGUGGGGCUGGCUACACCUUCCCCUCAGAGCCUGCCCUUCAUUGCUGCCUUCUGGGGAGAGAGGAUGGGGCUGAACAGGAGCCCUCAGCCCACCCUCCCCUGCUCACUCCCAGGCCUCUUCUGGAGUAAAGAUCAGCCCAUGGAGGGCUUGCUUUGCCCUCUAAGAGCAAGAGAGGAGAGCAGGCAUGUGUGGCAGCUCCCGCUGCCCAGCCUUGGCCUAGUAGGCAUAGGGCAUCAAGGCUGGCCCUCUCCCUGUGGUCACUAAUGAGUCUCCCUGGCCCUGCCUCAGUCAUUGGGAUGUACCAAAGCCCCCUGCCCAGGUGCCAAGGCUGACAUGAAGCUGUGCCCCUGGUGGCAUCUUGGCCAAGGUCUCCACUGCCAGCAUAGCCACCCUCCUUUCCCACCCUGCUCUGUCGGGCAGGUUAGCUCUACCUCCCCCAGCCAGGUAACUUCCUGGUUUGGUGACCCAGCACCACCCACCCCUGCCCUCCACACUGUACUCAGGGUUGAGCCCUGGCUGGGCAGCCCUUCUCUCCCUCCACCCUAAAAAAAAAAUUGACGAACCUGCCUCCCCCAGUGGGUGCCAGGGGCCCAGGCGGAAUGGCACUAGCUCUCCAUGCUGCUUGUGAAAGAUGGGGUGCUGCCUUACUCCACUCAGCAUCCCAGCCCUGUCUCAAACCUACCGAGUAAAGGGAGCUCAGGCCCUGGGCCCAGGCCUGCGAAGGAAAAACUCUGGGCUUUCACUCUUUCCCAUCUCAGACAUAGGCAUUCAUCUUCAAGUUUAUUUUUAUUUUUUAUUUAAAGACAAAAACAAAAAACAGACCUGCACUAAUUUACCUGGUUUCGUAGGAAAGCUUUUUUUUAUUUUUUACAUUUUUUUUGGUGUCCGUUUGUAAUGAAUAAUUUGCUACAUUUGUAAAAUGUAAGAGGUAUAUAUAAUAUAUGUAUAUUUCUAACGUAAAAAAUUGUAAUUUUUUUCUUUUGGAGAUUUUUUCUUAAAAAGAGGAGAGAAACAAAAAAAUAUUUUUUCAGGAAAAAAAACUUUGGGAAAAAAAAGGAGAGACUUGAAUCCUUUUCUCCCCUGGGUCCCCCUCCCCAUCCAUCCCCGCUCCCCAAGAAGGAAUGUAAAGGCGGGGUUCUUGGAAGCACAGGCCAGAAUUCCGGCUCUUCUUCUCUCCCAGGCGGGGGCUCAUCCUCUCUUGCUUCGCCCCCAGGGCAGGGAAGGGGCGCCGAGAGCCUCGGAGAAGGGGGCGGGCGUGGGGAGCAGGGUAGUUAUUUUUUCUUUAGUGAAGGAGGAAUACAAUGGGGAGUUUUGUCUUCAGACUGUCGUGCAAUAUUUUGGAACUGGACGUUGGAGUGUUUGGAGAUUUAGUUUGGAAACAAAACACGCGGUUGAUCAAAUCUGUACAGUUUCUAUUGCUUCAGAUUUUUUUAAGUUUGUAUUAAAAGCAUGAUAUCUAA